AUGGGUGAUAGUUCUGCGUCCUCUGCUUCGGCAAGCGUUGCCUUGUCAACUUCCGCAAAAGCUGGUCAGGAGGACUCUACGGCUGCAAACAAAACUGUGCUUCACACGAACGAAGCCGAAAAGUCAGACAGAGUUGAAUCAAAAAGUGCCGAAACACUGGUCGAUGAGGGCAUGAAGGCUUUUGCUUUGCACGAGUACGAGACCGCCGUACAGAAACUUGGCGAAGCGUCUCAGUUGAUAGGUGUGAGCAAUGGUCAAAAUUCGCGAGAGUAUGCCGAUGUACUCAUUCUUUAUGGACGGGCUUUGCUGGAGAACUCUGUAGCACAGAAUAGUGUAUUAGACAGUAAAGUACUUGAGAAGACUAGUGCGGUAUCAGAGGAACAACCGUCAGUAAACAACCAGGGUCUGUUUUUUGAGGGCGGGGCAACUGAUAAUACUCAGAAUGAUGACGACCUAUCUGUGGCAUGGGAAGUUCUUGAUAUCGCAAGGAUAAUCUACUCAAAAAUUGAGGGUUACGAUGCGGAAAUCAAACUUGCAGAGAUAUAUAUUUCACUAGGCGACCUGUCCCUGGAAAACGAGGCGCUUGACCAAGCUGUAAAUGAUUAUCGGGAGGCUCUUAACAUAAAGAUUCGACGACUUCCUGCAGAUGACCGACAACUUGCGGAAGUAUAUCCUUUGAGAUUUGAAUAA